GCCAUAAUUUGGCAGAGCCAAAUUUUGUUGGCACUGCCAAAUUAUGGCUUUUUGGGAUUUGCUUGUUCAUAUCAAUGAACAAGCAAAUCCAUACUCACUAACAGUGUAUGUUUACAUGCUCAAAGAGCUGAUAUGGGAAUCGGGGCAUUUUUUUUGGGCCUAUUUCUUACAGCAGAUGGACACACCUUGGCGUCACUGCCGUGAUGGUUACACACUUCCUUAUGGGACUCUUAAUCCAGUGGGGACAUACAACUAAAAAUAACUCAAGUCUAUUAUUGCAGAGGUUUCUCUAGGUGUGUUGCAUGUCCGUAUCCGUUGCCCUAUAUCGUGUGAACGGCUAGCGGGGAGGCGACGGGACUGUGGGAGCCGGGCUAGGGUUGGCCUUGCGGUGACGCAUUGUGCUGUUGACACUGGGGCUAUCUGAUAGCCCCUCUCCUUCUCCGAGGACACACCUGUAGGUCACGCGGUGCUGCAUUCCCACCGCCCGCCUCUCACAUUUCACUACAAACCUUCACACACUCACACGGGCCCUGGUUGGGUUCUAUGAUUCCCUUCCCGCUGUGGUGGUUUUAGUCGACGCUAGCUCUUUCUUUGCUUUGAUCCACGGCGAGGGACUUCUGGAAUGGCAGUACAAGCUGAAAACAUGCAUGAGGAAGUAGACCUGCAGCGGAGCUCGACCGGGAGCGAGGGGGGCAACUCUGGAGAUGGAACACCUCCAUCCAAGCGCAAGGGCAAGUUCUCCAGCCUGGGCAAGAUCUUCAAGCCCUGGAAGUGGAGGAAGAAGAAGCCCAGCGAAAAGUUUUCCGAGACCUCCAUCGCUUUGGAAAGACAGAUAUCGGUGAGGAAAUCCCGGCAGGAGCUGAUUGAGAGAGGGGUGCUGAAGGAAAUUCCUGAGAAUCAGAGCAACCGGCACAAGUCUGGCCCCGUGAAGAACGGCCACCCGGCGGCCAUGGACGUGGAGCGGGAGUCGGAGGCCGGCGUGCGGGUGCUCCGCGGGGAGUCUGAUUCGCGCGCCACGCCCAUGUGGCUGCCUCAGGGGGAGGAGCGGCGGAGCCGUGUGCCGUCGGACGCCUCGCGCGUCCACCGGGCGCCCCUGGACGUGGACUCUCUGGCCCGCCAGGCCGUGGAGGCCGACCGCCGCAGCCGCCUGCCGUCGGACCUGGACAGGCGGGGCGGCUCGUUACCCAGGGGGGCCGUCCCGGAGGAGGUCCGGCCCCGAUGGGACGAGAGGAAGGACGGACGGGAGGACAAGAGGGAGCUCAGAGAGGACAAGAGAGAGCCCCGGGAAGACCGGGACAGGAAUGAGGACAAGAGAGAGCCCCGGGAGGACAAGAGGGAGGAGCGGGACAGGAGGGAGGACCGGGACGAGCCGGAGCGCAGGGAACGCCGCGACGACCGGGAUCGUGAGCGGGACCCCAGGGAGAGGCGUGAGCGGAGAGACGACAGGGACAGGAGGGACGAGAGGACUGACCGCGAGGAGAGGGACAAGAGGGAAGAGCGGGAGGAGCGGGACAGGAGGGAGGAAAAGCCGGAGCGCGAGGAAAGGGAAAGGCGGGAGGAGAGGCCGGAGCGCGAGGAGAGGGACAGGAGGGAGCGUGGCGACCGGGACAGGAGGGAGCCGCGGGGGGAGAAGGACCGGCGGGACGACCGGGCGGAGCAGGAAAGGGAGCAGCGCGUUAAGGAGCGGAUCGAGCGGGAGCGCCGGGAGGAGCGCGAGAGGGAAGAGCGGGAGCACGAGAGGGAGGAGCGGGAGAAGGAGGACCGAGAGCGGCGGGGCUGGAGGGGGGACCGGGGGGACGACCGCGACCGGAAGGACCCCAGGCAGGAGGAGCGACCCGACAAGAGACGAGGCGAGGAGGCCGAGCGCGAGCGCAGGGACAAACCGGAGCCCCAGCGGAACCCCGUGGACAGCCUGCGGGCGGCGGGGCGGCCCGUCUCCGAGGUGGACGUCAGGGCGGUCCUGCAGAAGGCGAACUCGGAGGAGAACCGCAGGGUGCGGCCGGCCUCGGAGGCGGACCAGAGGAGCACCCUGCCCAGAUACAGCCCAGCGGAGGAGUUCAGAGGUCGCACAGAGUCAGCUGGCGUCCGCUUCGCCCCCGUUCCGGCGUCCAACCCCGUGAGCGAGCCUGAGGCGGCGCGGGACCCCCUGAGGGAGGCCGCCGCCAAACAGGCCCUGCUGCCCCCCAAGAAGCAGAGCCCCCCCCUCCCCACGGCCCGGACGGCCGCUCCCCCCGCCGUCUCUUUCUCCGCCUCUUCGUCCUCCUCCUCUUCCUCCUCGUCCUCCUCCUCGUCGGCCAUGGCGGUGGCCAAGCCCCCGAGGACGGUGUCCCUCAUCAGCGACGACCCCCCCCGCCUGGUCCCCGCCACCCCCGACUCGCCGCCGCCCGUCCCCCCGCACGCCAAGCAGCCCCCCGUGCCCCCGCCCAAGCCCGGCAACCGCAACAGCAACCCGGCGCUGCACGCCUCCAGACUGAAGGGCUGCGCCACGGUGCGACCGCACUGUUACAGGACGGGCUGGCAGCGCCGGGGCGAGCCGGGCCUCUACCUCUCCCUGCCCGUCUACCUGAGCCACAGGGCGGGGCUGAGCCGCUCAGAGCCCUCUCAGUCCGGCGGCGCCGUCAUCGUGGUGCCGGCGCCCUCCAAGCGCUCGCCGCCGACCCCGCCCAAGAGGAUGACCCCCGUCACCAAGCGGCACUCCACGCAAGAGGCCCCGCCCCAGGAGCCCCCGCCCCCGGAGGCCGCCACGCCGCCGGAGAUCCGCCCCGCCGAGACCCCGCCGGAGGCGUUCGCCCCGCCGCCGGCCCACCAGCCCCCCUCCCCGCCCCGGCAUCGCGUCCUCCCCGUCGCCGAGCCGACGCCGACGCCGCCGGCGGCUGACCCGCCCAGCCCCGUCACGCUGCCCCCCGCCAAUCCGCCGUCGGCCAUCCCCCUGCACAUCCGCAUCCAGCGGGCGCUGGUCAGCCCCUCGCCCGUCAAGGCCAACCCGGACGGCUCCCAGAGGGCCCACUCUCAGCUGUUUGAGUCCCCGCCCGAGGUCCUGCAGGAGGGCGGCUCGGUGCGCUACUCCCUGCCCAUCACCAUCGAACCCCUGCGGCUGCAAGAGGACGAUGACUUCGACAUGGAGGAGGAGCUGGCCAAGCUGCACCCUCCCCCGCGGUUCCCCCGCCAGCCGGAGCUGGAGCCACGCAGCCGGCGGGGGCUGGUGGUCAGCGCCAUCCCCGAGGGGGGCGGGCCGGGCGACAGCGAGGAGGACGAGGAGGAGACGGACUCGGACGGGCCAAUCAACUACCGGGACGACAGCGAGGAAGAGAGCGACGAAGAGGGGCAGCAGAGUCGGCUGGCAAACCGCGUGAAGAGGAAGGACACGCUGGCUCUGAGGCAGGAGCACGAGGCCCAGCAGGACGGCCCCGACGACACGGCCUGGCAGAACCGGGAGCAGUGGCUGGCCCUCCGGUCCAAGAUCAGCAGCGCGCUCACACGGCGCCUGAGUCAGAGACCUUCGGCCGAGGAGCUGGAGCAGAGGAACAUCCUCCCCGCCAAGAACGAAUCGGAUCGUCGGAUGGAAAGGUCCGAGAUCAAACGGCGGCUCACCAGAAAGCUGUCCCAGCGGCCCACGGUGGCGGAGCUGCAGGCCAGGAAGAUCCUGCGCUUCCAUGAGUACGUGGAGUGCACUCACGCCCACGACUACGACCGCCGCGCUGACAAGCCCUGGACCAAGCUCACCCCCGCCGACAAGGCCGCCAUCCGCAAGGAGCUGAACGAGUUCAAGAGCUCAGAGAUGGAGGUGCACGAGCAGAGCCGCAUCUACACCCGGUUUCACAGACCAUAACCGUCCACCUCCACCGGAUUGGUUGCGUGGGGGGGAGGAGGAGGGGG